UAUUAUUAAAAAGUUUAACAAAAUUUGAAAAAGCUUGCAGAAAUAAAAACGAAAUAAAAACUGUUUAGAUGAACAGAGCUAGCUUGCAUAACUGGGUCAAACUCAUAUGACAAAAACUAAUAUUUCCAAAUCAGUUCUCAAUCGACAAUAUAAUCUUGAAACUUUUUGGAAUACAUAUUUUAAUCAUGAGAUUCCGUUCGCUGAAGAAAAUCUGCCCGAAAAAGAAAAAGGAGCGACUACUCAUUCUAUUUAUUCUUUGCGUUGUGAUUGCGGUCUACAAAAUACUCAUGGGGAUAGUUCUGCCGGAGAUGUCGGAUUACGGGACACCCAGUUACAUAUUUCAACGGGUUCUGGGGGUCUUUCUCUUGUCAAAUAUAUUGUCGAACUUUGUCAUGUGCAUACUGGUGGAUUCAACCAUCGAUCCCAAGCGAAUGAAGGAUCAGUUGGAGCGAGGAAGGCACAGUGAGAACUGGCACAAGUGCGACGAGUGCCGGAUUUUUGCUCCACCUCGAUCAUCUCACUGCGAUUCGUGUGAUGUUUGUGUCCUGAAGCGAGAUCAUCACUGCAUCCUUACCGGUUGCUGCAUCGGUCAUGCAAACUAUCGAUACUUCUUCUAUUUUAUGUUCUAUAUGUUUUUAGGCUGCCUGAUCUCGAUAAUAUCAUCUUUUAUCUUUAUUUAUGCGCUACGUGGAGGCCGCUACAAAUUCAGUUUGCUGACUCUUCCAGCAAUUAUUCUUUCAAAAUUUUCAGGACAUAAGGAUCAGGAUUUGCCUUCAAUUAUUUUGAGGGCCAUUGAUUUAAGCUUUCCUGAUAAAUACGAGGUGGUAUUUGCAGUUACGUUCGCUUUGUUGUGGAUCGGGAUUUGCGGAAGUGUUUAUAUGAUUUGUGGACACUGGUCCGCUAUCCAGAAGGGAGCAGUUUGUUAUGAGUUCAAAAUUAAAAACUUUCCGUUCGAUCGGGGACUACGCCGGAACUUGGAGUCAUUUUUGGGGACACGAAUGAAAUGGACCUGGAUUUCUGCCUUCAUACCCAGCCCGCUGCCCUGCGACGGAUUCCACUGGGAGCCAAUUGAAACUGAUGAAAAAGAUGGGGGCAAUCGGGCUUCGGAAAAAACAUUUAAGGAUAUAUGAUUGAUGUUGUGAUUUCUAUCCGGCGUUUUCUUCGAAAUUGUUAAAAGUAUUGAAAGGAAACUUGCAAUUACUUAAUGAUGUAAAAAGCAUUUUAGAUACAUAUAACCGAUUAUCUCAUUUCAAAAUGUAACCACC